AUGCGAGCGAAACACGACGCGCGAAAAAACCGCCCCGCGCGUCGCGUUCGCCCGCCGUUUUCGAAAAACAGUUUUUCGCCCGUUCGAGCGCGCGCGUCGUUCGAAGGCGCGCGUCGGCAGGACGCGACCAUGACCUCGCUCGACGCCGAGGCCACGGAUGCGGCGUUUCGCGAGUGUUACGAACUCGUGAAAGAGAUGACGAACAUCUACGCCAGCGACGAGGACGCGAAGAAAGUGCGCGCGAUCGGGGCACAUUUUGAAGACGCGCAAACGAUUCGCGCGGGGCGCGAGGAACACAUGAUGGCGCAGGUGAAGGAGAUGUCGCGAAGGGUGAAAGUUGCGGAAAGAAAAGCGGUAUUACCAGCCGCCGCGCACGUCGCUCGAGAGCGGGCGCUGAAAUUAGACGCCGAGAAGCGCGCCGCGGGGGAGUACCUCAACGCCAUGGAGCGCGAGGCGCGAGCGCUGGAGAUUGAACAAGAAGAGCUACAAAAUCGACGAGGAGAGAUUAAGUUGCACAAACAAAAGCUGGAUACCAUCAUCAAUGAAGAGAUUCCCGCGACGAAGCGAGAGGUGAGCUUGUACGCGCACAUAUCCAACAUCGCUUGGCACUACGAGGAACGCGACCGCGUCGUCGGACGCGUCAACGCGCGCUCGGCGCGAGACGUGCGGAAGAUUGAUAUGCCGCUGCGACCUGGAAACGAGUUCCGCGUUGCCAACGCACUUUGGGAGAUGAUGGAUUAA